UUGUGCUUCCGGUUCCGGCAGAGAAACGAGAACCGCGAGUCUACGUACAUGCCAGAAAAGAAAAGAAGGGACAUUUAUCAUAUUUCACCGUCACUAUGAUAUGUCGGCAGACCAAAUGGAUCCUGCAGAAGAGCUCCCGUCCAUGUUGUGGGGAUUGGACCCGAUAUUUUCUGCCUUUGCCAGGCUUCACGUCAGAGACAUCCUCCUCAUGACGGAGUCCUCUCAAGUGCCAGAUAUUUACUUUUACAAAUCCCAUCCCAUCUACAAAGUGGAUGUGCUUGGGACAGUCGUGUACAAGAAGGAAAGAGAGGACUUCUUCAAUUACGGAGUGGACGAUGGCACCGGUGUCAUCAGCUGCCUGUGUUGGAAAGAUGACCUACUUAAGGAAGAGGUGGAUUAUGAUAAACUAGGGGGGAAGAAGCCGAGUGAUGAGGAUCAGGGAGCAUUCAAUCCAAUUGCUGAACUGAAAAAGCUGAAGCAGGCCCAGCAGAGCCGGUGCCAUCUGGAGAUUGGAGAGCUUCUGCGAGUCAGAGGGCCGGUGAAGACGUCCCGGGACCAGAGGGAGAUCACAGCGUUCACCUACUAUAAAGUGGAUGACCCGGCGAUGGCAGGCCAAAUAGACUGGAUGACAGAUGUUCUUCAGCUGUACAGACAGUUCUACGACAAACCACUCCAUCUAGAACCCAAUGUCACGAGCGAUUGUCCGAGGAGUUCCCUUAGUAAGGCAACGCAAAUCUUGAAGGAUUUUCUCCAGCAGAAGCGUGUGAGCAAGUUCACACCCCAUGAUGUUCAGGACCUCCUGCAGCCUCUUUUCCUCGACCGGACUGAAACAGCAUCUGCAGACCAGGAAGCUGUGGCGGGUCCGUCCACAUGUCAGCAGCCGGGUCAGCUCCUUAAAGAGACCCUGCAACUCUUACAGGAUGAGGGCCUGGUGUACCGCAGGUUAAAGUCCCAGGAUGAAGUCUAUUUUGUGACGGCACAUGAUAAAGAUCUUCUCAUGGCGGUGAAAGACAUAAUCAGGGAGGACUCCAAAAGAGAGAAGUUCGGAGAGAAGGGUUGCCAUGUCCUCCACAUUCUGUCCGCAGUCAGGCAGCGCCACAGCCUCAACGUGAGCAAAGCGGCCCUCCAGCUGGUCCUCCAAUCAUUGGAGUGCAACAGUGACAUCGUCAGCACCCGAGAUAAUCAUUACACUAUGUUUUAGGCUCUAUGAGACACAUGUGCAUUGUUUUUAUUAAUGAAUCAUGCAAAUUGCGCUCCAGGAUUCAUCAUGAUGGGUCAAACAAUACUGAAGCAUCCAUGUACACUUUAUUGCCAAAAGUAUUUGGCCACCCAUCCAAAUGAUGAGAAUCAGGUGUCCUAAUCACUUGGCCCGGCCACAGGUGUAUAAAAUCAAGCACUUAGACAUGGAGACUGUUUAUACAAACAUUUAUGAAAGAAUGGGCCGCUCUCAGUGAUUUCCAGCGUGGAACUGUCGUAGGAUGCCACCUGUGCAACAAAUCCAGUCGUGAAAUUUCCUCGCUCCUAAAUAUUCCAAAGUCAACUGUUGGUUUUAUUAUAAAAAAAAUGGAAGAGGUUGGGAACAACAGCAACUCAGCCACCAAGUUGUAGGCCACGUAAACUGACAGAGAGGGGUCAGCGGAUGCUGAAGUGCAGUGUGAAGACUUUCUGCACAGUCAGUUGCUACAGAGCUCCAAACUUCAUGUGACCUUCCAAUUAGCCCACGUACAAUACGCAGAGAGCUUCAUGGAAUGGGUUUCCAUGGCCGAGCAGCUGCAUCUAAGCCAUACAUCACCAAGUCCAAUGCAAAGCGUGGGAUGCAGUGGUGUAAAGCACGUCGCCACUGGACUCUAGAGCAGUGGAGACGCCUUCUCUGGAGUAAUAAAUCACACUUUUGAAAGAUUGUACGCGUCCUCUUUUAUUUGGACUUUCCCUGAUUACAUGGCAACAGCUGUUUCUAAGGGAGGGGGGUCGUAAACAGCCGCUGCCUUUGGAUACAGAACAGUUCAAAGAAAAGGUCGUAAAACAGUUCAAAGAAAAGGUGCCUGGAGCUUGCGUCAGGUCCUGCUUUGUAGAUCUCGGGUCAAGAUGAAAUCUUCCUGUGGAUUACAAUAGAAGAAAGAAACAGACGCCUUCAUGUCGCUUCCCAUCGUACACAGUGGAGUUUUACAAGCCUUCUGCUUGGUAGGAUCAAAGACAGCUUUUGUCCUCUCGCAGGGCGAGCUGAACUCGAUGUAACACAAAGUUUUGUGAUAACUUAGAUACAAUUAUUGUGACACAGAGUGGUGUGGAUGAACUUGACAGAGUCCUGACCUGAACCAGAUAGAACACCUUUGGGAUGAAUUAGAACGGAGACUGAGAGCCAGGCCUUCUCGACCAACAUCAGUGUGUGACCUCACCAAUGCGCUUUUGGAAGAAUGGUGUAAAAUUCCUAUAAACACACUCCGCAACCUUGUGGACAGCCUUCCCAGAAGGGUUGAAGCUGUAGUAGCUGCAAAAGGUGGACCGACAUCAUACUGAACCCUAUGGGUUAGGAAUGGGAUGGCACUUCAAGUUCAUAUGUGAGUCAAAGCAGGUGGCAAUAUAGUGUAUUAUGAAACAGAAAAAUAGGAAAAGUUGUAAAAUGUGGGGUCUUUUUAAUCUUAAAACAUCAAAUAGGGUAAAUGUUUAUUUUCCUGUUUACUAUUUGGCUUAUUGACUAGAGUUGCACGAUUCAUAGCUAUUUGUUUAGGGGAAAAAAACGAUAAUAUUUGCAGUUCAAAUGUAGUGACUUUCUAAUCCAGCAGAUGGAGCCAUUAUGAAACACCAACACAGUAUCAGUGCAGUGAUUUUGGCCUCGUUCACACUGCAGGUCAAUUUCGAUUUUUUUGCCCAUAU